GUUUAAAUGAAUGAAAGGUUGGGGGAUGCCGAAGGCGGCCGAAAUGUCCCGAGACACGAGCUCCUCCCAUUCCGUCAGUCGUUAUACGAAAGCGAAUCGAACCGAUUGUUGAUCCCGGCUCAGAAGCCCGAACUUCAGUAGAUGCCCAGUCGCAGUCGCGCGCGGAUUACCUCGUUGAUGAUGUCCUGCCAUUAAGACAACGAUGGAACCCGACGAUGAGAUAUCGCCAAGCCCGACCCUCGAGGAGACCUUUUACAUCCUCUCCAAGAAGAACAAGGUGUACAGGGUGAAACUGUCCGAGAAGGGCCUCUGCCUCCAGAAGGAGUCAAACGGGAACGUCAAGACGGAGAGGAUCGCCCUCGAGGACAUCGUCGGCUGCCGGUGCGUCCGGAGCAAGCGCCUCGACCAGAAAUGCGUCUGGAGGCCGACCUCGAAGAAAAACAAGAAGUCGGAAGACGCCGACUGGGAGCAGGCGGAAAUCAGCGCAGACCUCUACAUCUACGCCUACCUCCUCAAAAAAGGGAAGGUGAAGAGCGGGAAACGAAGGGAAAGGACGGUCAUCACACUCAGGUUCAGGUCGUUCGACAAGUACGACGAGAACAUGAAAGAGGCACAGAGGUGGAAAGUCACGAUAAAAUACUUCCUGCACGCCUUGUCCAGUUCUUCGCACCCUUCUUCCUACUUCAAACCCCUAGACUCGAAAAUAAUCGAGAACAAAAUACUCGUCAUAAUCAACCCGAAAAGUGGAAUCGGCCGUGGAAGGGAAUUAUUCCAGAACAAAGUCGUCCCUUUGCUGACCGAGGCCGACCUCAAUUACGACAUACACGUGACGACGUGCCGUGACGACGCCAGGAACUUCGUCCGGACGCAGAACCUCUGGCAGUACAUGGGAGGCGUCGUGUGCAUAGGCGGUGACGGUAUAUUGCACGAAGUGAUCAACGGAAUCAUGGAACGCCCGGACUGGGAAAUCCUCUUCAGCGAGCUAAAGCUCGGACCCAUUCCGUCCGGGAGUGGCAAUGGCCUUGCAAAAUCCAUCGCCUACUCGCACAAUGAGCCAUUUGAUCAAAAUCCAGUGCUUGUUUCUACUCUGAACGUUGUCAGAGGCUUCUCAAUGCCCUUGGAUUUAGUCCGCGUUGAAUUGAAAUCACAGGUAAUGUAUUCAUUUUUGUCGAUUGGAUGGGGGCUUUUAUCCGAUGUCGACAUCGAAAGCGAGCGUAUAAGGCAAUUUGGACAGCAGAGAUUCGCAGUUUGGACAGCUGCCAAGCUUAUAUGUCUGAGAACGUUUAAAGCAACUGUAUCUUAUCUGCCUGUCGUCAACAACCCUGCUACUAUAACAAACCUCGAUGAUGAUGUUGAUGCUAAAAGCAUUUUGUCAGAAGAAGGGAGGCGGGACAGUUUUUAUUCGAUCGGCUCUCAUAAGUCGACGUUCCUUUCUGCCUUGGGCUCCAGUUAUUCUUCCUUAACAGAAGAGACCGUAAGGACUUUUGGGCCACCUUCGACCAUUCCGCCGCUCUGCCAGCCGGUGCCAUCCAACUGGGUGACCCUGACUGGAAAUUUUGUUCUGGUUCAUGCUUCCUAUCCGUCCCACCUGAUGACAGACUGUUUAUUUGCACCAAAUGCAAAGCUGAACGAUGGUUGUAUCUGGCUUUGCAUCGUCAAAGGGAAUAUUUCAAAAGCGCAUUUAGUUCAGUUUCUUCUUGGAAUGUCCAAUGGGACCCAUGUGAACUCAUCGGAUGUUGUUUUUGUACCUGUGAGCGCAUUCCGCCUGGAACCGGAAUCGAACGCGAGCAUGCUGACGGUGGACGGCGAAAAGGUCGAGAGCGGCCCGAUCCAGGCCGAAGUCCUCCCGUCUCUCGCCAACGUCUUCAGCAGGGCCAAGAACUGACAAAACAUCCCCUCAGGGGGUUCGCGCUUUUUCGUCUUGCGCUGGUUCAAAGAUAGGAAGAGAGGGAAGAGGAAAAAAAUCGGUCGUCAAUGUCUGUGAUCUGUUUGCUUUUUUUUCCGGCUGUUAAUCGAUGCUUGCCCCCCUUUAUUGUUUUUUGUUCAUCAUCAUCACGUAUAGUUAUUGGUAUUGUACCAAACAUUCAUUGCCAAAAUAUACAAGAUGAGUUGGACUGUUUUAUCAAUAUUUUUAAAAUAUAUAUCUUUUGCUGCUGCAAAUAUAUGCUUCUUGCUCAAAUUUACUUACUUUAGCCAAAUUAAAUAAUCAGUUUAGACCUUUGAUCUUGUAUAAUAUAUAAUUAUUUUUUUACUUUUUUUUUCGGGGGGGGGGGAGGUAGCUGCAAUUUUUUCCAAUAAUGUGAUAAUGUAAAUUGUAUAAAUAUAUAAAUUUAUUUUAUUCCUAUUGAAGGAAUAGGUGCAUUUAAUGUACAUGUUUAUGAAAUAUUCUGUGUACGUAUAUAUAUAUAAUUGAACAAAAAAAAUUAUUAAAGCUACUUCUAUAUUCUAUGUAUAAAUGGAAGUGUAAAUUGGCCUAAAACUGAAUUCCAUCUGAUGUCAUUUUGAAUUAUGUAAAUUUGAAAUUGAUGUUUAAAUUUGGUCAUUUUUACAGGCUAGCCUAUUCUCGACGGUUUUUUAAUGUACAAUUAAUGUCUUCUUCUUGAAUUACCAAGCUUAACGAACCAUGGAAACAACCAAGAACAAGUCAAAAAAAGAACCAGAGACCAUGUACAUGAAAGUGAUAUUGUAAAAGGCGUGUAUUUUUUAUUUUCUAAAUUUCUUUACACUUGUAGUGUUUAAUUUUUAAAAAGCACAUUUUCCUAUUUUAUUUUCUAUUAAAAAAAAUUAAAAAAAAAAGGCUAUUUGUCCUGCAUGCAUUUGUUCGUUGUUGAAUAUUUCAUUAAUUUUUGUUACUUGUUAUAUUAUUAAAAUAUGUAUGAUUGAUGUAAAAGAAAUGUUUUUAACCCUUUACAUCUGAGAAGAAAAGUACUGAUUAAAACUAUGUAAGGGGACAAUAAAUUUUUAAAACACC